GACAGAAGGUGGGAACAGGUGGCAGGUUUUCAAGCUUCACUUUAAACCAGUUGAACUUAAAGUCAGGGAACAAGUGAAGUGUGUUCACCUGAAGAGAUAUGGAGUUAUCCACCGAUUCGGAGAAAGAACUUCUGAUUGAGACUCAACCUCUCGGACGGACGAGUUCUCUGGAGGAAAAAUACUCUGAAUCCAGAUCAGAGAUCCUUGAAGAUGCCUCUGGUUCGCUCGAUCUGUGGCAAACUCACCAAACUCACCAGCUCUGCCAGGAGACGGGCACGAUGCCGGCAGCUGAAAGUGACGCAAGACGUGUGGCCAGGAGGAAACUCUUCAUCGCCGGCGCCCUCACCCUCGUGUUCAUGAUCGGGGAGGUGAUCGGUGGAUACGCCGCCCACAGUCUGGCCAUCAUGACGGAGGCAGCUCAUCUCCUCACGGACUUCGGGAGCAUCUUGAUCAGCAUCUUCUCUCUGUGGAUCUCGUCCAGACCUCGGACGCAGACCAUGACCUUCGGCUGGCAUCGGGCGGAGAUCUUGGGCAUGUUGUUGUCCAUCGUCUCCAUCUGGGCUUUGACGGCAGCUCUGGUCUUAUCGGCCGCACAGAGGAUCUCAGACGGAAACUACGACAUCGACAGUCGCAUCAUGUUGGUCACGUCGGGCUGUGCCGUGGGCGCCAACAUCCUGAUGGUGUUGAUCCUCCAUCAGUCCGGCGCCUCCCACGGACACGGCCACAGCCACGGGGUUUCCACCAGCCGGCUGCAGAGGAACGGGGAGCGCCACAGUCACGGCAACGCCAGCGUGAGGGCGGCCUUCAUCCACGUGGUGGGAGAUCUGCUGCAAAGCGUUGGGGUCCUGCUGGCCGCCACCGUCAUCCACUUCUGGCCUGAAUAUAAAGUAGCAGAUCCAAUAUGCACGUUCCUGUUCUCUGUUCUCGUUCUCGGGACGACGCUUCCAGUCAUCAAGGAUGUCCUCAGGAUACUGAUGGAGGGAGCUCCUCAGGACAUGAGCUGCAGUGCCGUGAGAGAGUCGCUGCUGUCCGUCGGAGGAGUCGUGGACGUGCACAGUUUGCACAUGUGGAGCCUCAACAUGAGCAACGCUUUACUAUCAGUCCACGUGGUCACAGAAAAAGAUGCCGAUUCACAGAUCGUCCUCACGAAGGCGACAAAGCUCCUGCGCUCGGAGUUCGGUUUCCACAGCAUCACGAUCCAAGUGGAGUGUUUCAGUCCCGAGUCGCCGGCGGAGACGGACGGAUGACGCAGGAAACUGAGGCAGAAGCUUCCACAAGCCUCCGACUCACCUGGUAUCUGACCAGCGACUGGUGAAGAUACCAGUACAGUGACUGGUGAAGCUCAGCAGUUUGACAUUUCAGGAGUUUUGACACUGUUGACAUGUAUUACACAUGGUUUCCUCCCCCUUGGGUUAUUUACAUGGUUCCAGCCCCUGCAGGUUUUAUUUACAUGUAAGUCCUGGACAUUUGUUUGCUGGAGUACAGCUAAUAUUUACUACUCUUGUAUUUAUACAACAUCCUAGAGCUGUGAUCCUUUGAAAUGUGUAUUUCUGUUGUUGUUAUGGUCACGUUUGAACUUUAAUGGUUUCUUAAAUUUGGCUACUUCUCCUUGAAAAACUAACAAGAUUAAGAAACUUUGUACAAAUCUGAAAUGUGAAAUAAAAUAUAUUUGUCCAGUA